UGGGCCACCAUACCUGUGAGGCCAGUAGCUUCCAGUGUCACACAGGUCACUGUAUACCACAGCGCUGGAUGUGUGACGGUGACGACGACUGCCAGGACGACUCAGACGAAGACCCCCGAUAUUGUGAGGGGACGCGGUGUAAUGGCUUCCUCUGCUCCAACCACACCUGCCUUCCUGCCACCGCGCACUGCAACGGCAUCCAGGAGUGUUCAGACGGCGCCGAUGAGCACAACUGUGACCCGCUGUGCACUCGCUACAUGGAGUUUGUGUGCAAGAACCGAGCCCAGUGUCUGUUUCAGUCCCUGGUUUGUGACGGCAUCAAACACUGUGAGGACGGAUCUGACGAGGACGCGGACUAUGCUGGAUGUG